GCAAAUUCCAUUCGAAGAGUGUUCAUCGCGGAAGUCCCCAUCAUAGCCAUCGACUGGGUCCAGAUAGACGCCAACUCCUCUGUGCUCCAUGAUGAAUUCAUUGCGCACAGGCUGGGUCUCAUCCCGCUCACCAGCGAUGACAUUGUGGAUAAGAUGCAAUAUUCCAGAGACUGCACGUGUGAUGAGUUCUGUCCGGAGUGCUCUGUGGAAUUCACCCUUGACGUCCGGUGCAAUGAAGACCAGACUCGUCAUGUCACAUCCCGCGACCUCAUCUCCAACAACCCCCGGGUCAUACCGGUAACAUCUCGGAGCAGAGACAACGACCCCAAUGACUACGUGGAGCAGGAUGACAUCCUCAUUGUGAAACUGCGGAAGGGCCAGGAGCUGCGACUGCGAGCCUAUGCCAAGAAGGGCUUUGGCAAGGAGCAUGCCAAGUGGAACCCCACGGCAGGUGUAGCCUUUGAGUACGACCCAGACAAUGCACUGAGGCACACCGUGUACCCCAAACCGGAGGAGUGGCCCAAGAGUGAGUACUCGGAGAUUGAUGAGGAGGAUGCUCAGGCUCCCUAUGACCCCAACGGGAAGCCAGAGAGGUUUUAUUACAACGUGGAGUCCUGCGGUUCUCUGCGCCCGGAGACCAUCGUUCUCUCUGCGCUGUCUGGCCUGAAGAAGAAACUGAGUGAUCUUCAGACCCAGCUGAGCCACGAGAUUCAGAGCGACGUCCUCACUAUAAACUGAGGUGGCCCCUUGAAAGAGAGUGCUCAGGCGUGAGUGAUGCAGAGGGUUCCUGCCUCUGCCUGGCAGCGCUCUGAGCGGAGGCUUUUGCCUCCCCAUCUCCCUCUGCCUUUUCUGGCUCAGCUCUGCUGGUGGGUGACACCUCUUCCCCGGCUCCCCUUCCCAGGGAAAGCUGUCACGAUGUGUAGGGCAAAGGAAGGGAAUCGGUGAGCGUCU